AUGACUUUCCUUAGCAAAAGGAAAUUGGUAAAGGCGGAACAGGUUACGGGAAAGAAGAAGAAGACGAAUGCGCGCCCAGAAGUAAAGGCGGAAGGGCGGGCACUCACCAAUGUAGUGGAUACUACACAGUCCAGCCGAGUAGACGGUACAUUGGUGAAUGCCCCGCCCGUGGGGUUGCCGCGGGCAAGUCGUCUGAAAAAGGGAGCAAUAAUCGAAAUCACAGUGUUCAACUGGAUGGUGUUUAGCGGGCCUGUCACUCUGAAGGCAGAAGAAGGAAUCAACCUGAUUGCCGCCGCAAACGCAAGCGGAAAGUCGUCCCUGGUGUGCGCCCUGGUAUUUGGCCUAGGAUACAACUCCAAUAUCCUCUCUAGAAACAAGGAGCUUAUCAAUUACAUAAAAAAAGGAGAAAAAAAAAGUUUCAUUGAAAUUACCUUAAAAAAAAAUGAAAGGACAAACACAAACAUAAAAAGAAUCAUGCACAUAAAUCAGAAUAAAGUAGAAUCCUUCUGGUUCGUGAAUUACAAGAAGGUUAACCAAACAGAGAUACAGGAAUUGCAGAAGGAGUUUCACCUGAACCUCGAUAACCUAAUAACAUUCAUGCCACAGGAAAAUGUAAGUAAAUUUUCUAGGCUAAGUCCAGAAGAACUAUUCGAAUGCACCCUCAUGGCGAUAGAUAAAAACUUAUUAGACAGAUAUAAUGACUUAAAGAAGCUGAUAAAGGAAAAGAAGGAGGGAGAGCACAACAUGCAGUUAUUGGAACAUCAAGUGAAGGAGGAGGAAAAACUUAUAAAUGAUUUGGAAGAAAAAAAAGGGAAAUUUGAAAAUUUGAAAAAGUUACUAGCCAAGGUUAGGACCUACCGCGUGAAAAAAUCCAUGAUGGUUAUGAGUGCCAAGAAAAAACAGUUGGCAGAAGUGAGAACAAAAAUGGAUUCUCUCGUAAAGGAGAAAAAUGAACACUUUGAAACGGUCAAAUUAUAUCUAUCUGAAUUGGAGAAGUGCCACAAAGUGAUCAAUCACUUUUCCGAAAGACUCACCAGGGAGAAAAAUAAAAUAAAAGAGGCAACAAGUCGCUACAUCAAAAUCAAUGUUCAGCUAGACGAAAUGGAAACGGAAAUUCUGAACGAAGAAAAAGUCAUGGAAGACGCAGUACAACAUAUGCACGAAAAUGAGGAGUAUAUAAAAAAUUUAGAUAAAAAAAAAAAAAAAAUUGAAGAGGAGCUAGAACAGAUAGAAAACUUUUUUCAUCAAAGGGCUAAUCAAAUGGGGAUCCAAAAAGGAAGUGAUGAUCCAGAGGUUUUAGAGAAGACACUCCAAGAGGAACUAAAGAACAUGACAAACACAAAUAAGCAAUACCUGAUGAGGAAGUAUGCACUCCAGACGGAGCAUGCCUCCCUGAUGGAGAAGCUAAAAAAAAGGCAAAACUAUCAGAACAUACAAGAAGAAAAAUUUUUAAAUAGCAUAGAAUUUACCUUACGUGAAAGAAUAUUGAAUUAUAAAAGAAACAUAAAAAGCAUUGUACGCAUACACCAUUUGUUAAGCGAUUCAUUUCUGGAAGAUAUGCGAAAGAAGUAUGACUUGUCCAAAAUUACAAAUCAGAAUGAAAUGAAUGGAGAAAUUAUCGACGAGUUGUCCAAGCGGAACAUAAUUUAUGGACCUCUUUGCAAAUAUAUCAAAUGUAUCAAGCCACAGUUCGAUUACGUUUUGGAAUUUUCUCUAAAAAAAUAUUUCAAUAGCUUUCUACUUAUCGAGAAGGAAAACACAUCGCUCCUCGAAUCUCUCUACAAGAAUUAUAAGUUGUCUGUAAUUACCAUGUCCAAGCAGAACCACAAGUUGUGUCGUGUGACGAGUGAAAUGAGGCAGCAUGGAGUAGAAUGUUUUAUUUAUGAAUUAUUUGAAAGUCCAGAAAUUGUAAAAAAUGGACUCAUGAAUUUUAUCCCCAUUAAUGUCGCCUUCGUACUUCGAGAAGGAACCUUCAAAAAUAAAAGCACCAAAGAAAUUACGAAUUUUAACAAUUUUAUGAUGGUAGAAAUUUCUAAACAGAUAAAUGAACAGGUGAGUAGUCUGCUGUAUUUCUGCGAUCAGAAUGUACAUCGAUAUAGGAUAAGUUCCUACAAUGAAAAUGUCUUUAUCGAUAACUUCGCUUUCAUAGAUAGGAGGUGCAAGAUAUUGUACUACAUCAGCUCGGAGGUAAAAAAAGACAUACAUGCUUUGGAAAAAAGGAGAAAAGAAUGCGAAUCCGAAAUGCACGAAUUAAAAGAAAAAAUGGACGAAUUAGAUGUGUUGAAAAAACAAAAAAAUGAUCAACACAAUAAUUUGAUUCUACAAAAAAGUGAAGUAAAUAUUAGAAAAAAAAAAAAAAUGCUUCUACUUAAGGAACUGCAAACGGUGGAACAAAAUCUAAAACUUUACCUGACCGGAGAACAACUUAUUGAUGAAAAAAAAGAUAGAAUAAGCAAACGGAUUAACCACCUGAAUGAGAAGAAGAUAAAACUUUGUAGCGACUAUUUUGACACCUUAAAGAGACACAAAGAAAACGACAUGGAAUCCUUUUCCAUCUGGAAGAAACUCUCGCAGUGGAAAAGAUACCUAUCCCUUAUCAAAAGCGAAAACGCAGAAAGUGAGAAAAAACAUGAAAUAUUAAAAUCGCAAAUAGAUCUAGAAAAAACAAAACAUGCUGCACUUACGCACGAUAUUGAGGAGCUAGAAAAUCUCAUAAAAGUACAGAAAGGCGAACUAUCUAAGGAAGAACUUAAGUCUCUCAACGAGAUUAAAGUUUCCCUUGAAGAGAUAGAUAAUAUUCUACAAGAGUGUACUAUUCAGCAAAGGAUUUACAAUAAUUUGGAAAAGAGUGAACAGAAAUAUAAUAUGCUUGUAUUAUCCAUAGGAAAGCACAAUGAAAAUGUGAAACGGAAUAAGGAGCAGUUAGUCAACCUAGGGAAGGAAGUGGAAACAUGUACCAAGCAAAUUCAAUUCAUCCUGUCCAACUGGAUAAAUCAAAUAGAGGAAUGUAUCCUCUUCCUCAAUCACAACAUAGGAAAAUUUAUAGGCUUUAUAAACCCCGAGUACGGUGCAAAAAUUGAACUUGUUAAAAAAAACGACCUUUUUGAACAAUGCGAAUUGUACAUCAAGGUGAAGUUUAAAAAGGCUGCUCCUUUUCUUCUACUUUCCGUUUCUCAUCAAUCCGGGGGAGAGCGAUCCCUCACCACCAUGUUGUACAUUCUAUCGAUUCAGAAACUUACGAAGAACGGUUUCUACGUACUGGACGAACUGAACCAGGGACUAGAUCACACAAACGAGAAGAAAAUUUUCGAACUGCUUUCGUGUCUCUCCAACCCUACCAUGUAUAAGGAGCACUUUAUGCACCACUACGAUUAUAAGCACAUCGAAAUUGACUACCAAUCCAAGCCACAGUACUUCAUCUUGACCCCCCAAAUAAUUCGUGAUAUUUUCUUCAAGGACAUCACGGUGCACUACCUCUUCAACGGAUUCGGUGUCCUCUCUGGUCAAUUUGAUGAGGUGGAGGGGGAGGUCGACGAUUUUUAG